CGGAGUCAAUAUAGUAUAUCUCCGUGUGAGUUUAGUUAAGUCUUACAAAAAAACCAUGCCUAUGCAAAAAAACAUUGCGCACCCUCCUAUGAUUUUUUUUAGCCUGAAUUUUGUCUGUAUCAUCCAUCAUCUAAAUGGGUCUCGGUUGUUUUCUUUCCCGCCUACCUAAAAGCUUCCCGAGCUCCCGAAUUCAUCCGAUGAAUCCCUUUCCCAGUCUCCAUAACGGUGACCAGCGUCUACUUGGGGCACAAUCCAACCGCACUAUUCACACAUUUGACCAGUCCAUCCAUGAACAAUCACUCAACCAAAUUCCAGAUUCUAAAAUUACCAAAACCAUUGAUGAAACGGAAAUGAUCUGCAAGCUAGCACUGAACCACCGCACAUCGCAGACAGAGUUUUACUGUAACCUGAACUCUGCCUCCGUGGUUCCAUCUCCGGCAUUGGUCACUGAUGUUCUCAAAAAGCUCAGCAACUCCGGCGUUCUUGCGUUUUGGUUCUUCCGGUGGGCCGAGAAGAAGACCGGGUUCCAGCAUACCGCCGAGAGCUACAACUCUUUGAUUGAAGCUCUGGGUAAGAUCAAACAGUUCGCGCUGUUAUGGAGAUUGGUUGAUGAAAUGAAGAAGAAAAGGCUGGUAUCAAAAGACACAUUUGCCCUAAUAUCCAGGAGAUACGCGAGGGCUAGGCGGGUGAAGGACGCGAUAAACGCGUUCGAGAAGAUGGAGAUGUAUGGGAUGAAGGCUGAACUACAGGACUUCAACAGAUUGUUAGACACUCUGUGCAAAUCUAGGGCUGUCGGGACUGCACACCAGGUGUUCGACGAAUGGAAGCACAAAAGGUUCAAACCAGAUGUGAAAACCUACACCAUACUCCUAGAAGGGUUCGGUGAAGAAAGGAACAUGCUGAUGCUGAAUGAAGUGUACCGUGAAAUGUGUGAUGCUGGCUUUGAGCCAGAUGCUGUGAGCUAUGGGAUCAUCAUCCAUGCUCACUGCAAGGGUAGGGAGUACAAUAAGGCUGUCGAGAUGUUUCAUGAAAUGCAAAGGAGGAAUGUCGAACCAACGCCUCAUAUUUAUUGCACCCUGAUCAAUGGGCUGGGAUCAGCAAAUAUGUUAACAGAAGCUCUCAAUUUUUUUGACAUAUACAAAAGUAGUGGCUGUGUGCUUGAGUUGGCUACAUUGAAUGCUGUGGUUGGAGCUUAUUGUCAUUCCUCCCGAAUGGAUGAUGCAUAUCGGACAAUUGAUGAGAUGAGAAGAAGUGGGAUCGGUCCAAAUGCUCGAACGUAUGAUAUAAUUCUUCGUCAUCUCAUAAAGGCACAAAGAACCGAAGACGCUUACUCAGUUUUCCAGAAAAUGGAAAAGGAUCUUGUUUGUGAGCCGACUGUGAGUACGUACGAGGCUAUAGUGAGGAUGUUCUGUUCUAAGGAUCGCGUAGAUAUGGCUUUGAGAACGUGGGAUAAGAUGAAGGGUAGAGGGGUGCUUCCAACAAUGCAUAUGUUCUCAACGCUAAUCAACAGCCUUUGCCAGGAGAAUAAGUUGCAGUGUGCCUGCAAAUACUUACAAGAAAUGGUUGAUUUGGGGAUUAGGCCUCCAAGGGCGUUGUUCAGUAAUCUGAAACACGCUCUCCUGGAAGACGGACAAAAAGAUACAGUUAUUGCACUGGCUGAGAAAAUAGAGACACUGAGGAAAACUCCUAUGGUCGGAUAAAUAGCUACUCUUUUCUUUUAAGUUAUUAAAUUAAAUUCAGAAGAAAUUAUACUUCGUAUUUAAUAGGAACAGCACAAGAGUGUUAUUCUUUCGGUCUGGGAUUUCUGAGGCUCUAGUCUGGAAUGGCCGGUCUUAGGACCAACUUAGAAUGAAAUUAGACAAAAACAAAGCAGACUAUUUCGUAUUGUACUAUACCAAACUAGUCCAUGAAAACGAUGAGGAUAUAAUGGUGAUUUGUA